AUGUCUACCCAAGAUGUUAUCGAAUCUAAUUUUGUCGAUGAUGUUGAUUAUGUUCAUUCAACACAUACACAAGAGGCACAAUCUCUAGGAAAUACAAGAGAUGAAAGUGAGAGUAGAAGUUCUAAAAGAAAGAGAACAUCUCCUGCAUGGGAUCAUUUUACAUUGCAAAAAAUUGAUGGUAAACUGAAGGCAGUUUGUAACAAUUGUGGGAAGAAAUUAGGGGGAGAGAGUAAUAAUGGGACUAAACAUUUGCUUGAUCAUGUGAAAAGAUGCCCAGUAAUAAAGGAACAACUUGCCAUGAAUCCUAAUCCUAAUGCAAGUCCUUCAGUCACAACUUACAAUUUUGAUCCUGAACUAGGGAGAAAAAAGUUAGCUCAUGUUUAA